AUGAAUUCUAAAAUUAUAAGAUAUUUUAUAUCUAAUUGCUUUGCUAAAAAUCAUCAUCUCUCAUUGUCUCAAUAGGAUCCUGAGAUCUAUCAUUUGAUUUAAGAAGCAUCUAAACAUUAAUGUAUUGAUUUUACAGAAAGUCCAACAUCUUUGGCUGUAUAAUAAUCACUAGGAUCUAUGAUGUCAACUAAAUAUGCAUCUGGUUAUCCAGGAAAGAAAAACAAACCUGGAACUGAAAUUUAUGAUAAAAUAGAAUAAACAUGUUGGGAGAGAGCUUAAAAAGCAUUUAAUUUAAAUAAUUUUAAUGUGAAUGUUCAAUUAUAAAGCGUUCCCACAGCUAAAUUUAUUGUGAGCAAGGCUUUAGUUAAACCUGGAGGUACAAUAUUGAAUCGUGGUAAUACAGAUACAAUAGCACUUGAGAAAUAUUAUAAUGUAAUUAAGAAUGAAAAUUAUGAUGGUUAAAUUGAUUUGAUCAUUGACUCUAAAUUAGAUAAAUUGGAUACUCUUUGGUAAGAAUAUAAAAAUAUACCAAUUCUUUUGGAUAUAACAGAUAAGGCUCCAUAUUAUGUUACAAAUAUCCUUGAAGAUGAAUCUAAAUUAUUAUAAAAGUAUUAAUUUGUUAUAGUUAACACACAAAGGUAUUUUGAUUAAUUAAUUAUAGUUUACUAGGUCCAAAAGGUUGUAUAUUAUUUUCAGAUAAGGUUUAUUCUGAAGAAGUUGAUGAAGCAUGUUAUCCUGGUUAUUAAUCUGGACCUCAUUUUCAUACUAUUACAGGAAUAACUGUAUCAUUAGGAGAAAUUUAAAAUAUUGAAUACUAAUAAUUUUUUAAAUAAGUAAAGGGUAAUUGUGCUGCAUUAAAAAGGCAAUUGAAAUUAAAAGGUAUCUUAAAAGAAUUUAAUUAGAAUUUCCAUUAAUAGAAACAUAAGGAACAUGUAUUAGUAUAGAAGGGAAAUAGGAAGAUUCAAAAAAAUUAGAAAUUUCUAACAUUUAUGCACAUUUUAGAGAAUCUAGAUUAGAUUUUAAGUUAGAUUUUUAAUUAAAAUAUUAGUUUGAUUCCUUUGACUUAUAAAGGUGUUAAAUAGGAUGCGAUACCUAAAUUAGCAGAGUGUUUAGGACUUGCUUUAUAUCAUUCAAGACAUGGUAGAUAUUUAUAAGAUGAAAAUAACUCUUUAUGGAAAAGAGAAUUAGAGGGAUCAAUGAAUGAAUUUUAUUCUAUGAUCUGAA